UAAUCUGUUAGCUGCGUGCCACCACACCUGCAUUUAAAGAUAAUUAGCCUCCAGGUGUGACUGCUUCCUCGCGCUGCUUUCCCGCCGCUCUUUUUCUCAGCAGAAAAAACAUUUUAUUAAAUAUACGUCACAUUAUUUAUUGUUUUGAAUCGUUAUUUUGUGUGAAAACAUUUUCCAAACAUGCAUGAUGACAUUAACAACACUCAUGUCGUCAAUCCAACGUGCAGCUGCGCAACCAGUUUGUUUCUGCCUCCUUCUCUUUUUGUCGCAUUGGAUUUAAAGGAGAAGCAGAGUUUGAUAUUAUUGGGAAUUGGACUCAAGUUAUAGAUGGUGGCUGCCUUUCUGCAGCUGUGUGGUGACUAUUGGAUAUCUGGAAACAGGAUUGUUACAGUAACUUGAACAGUGUCCUUCGGGGGAUUUGGGAGACGGGACGCAGAAAACGCCGACAGGGAGGUCUAGACACUCGGAGAAGAAACCCGCCGGACAGCCGGGGACCAAACUGGAAGGCGUCCAGCUGGCAGGUUGAGCAGACAGCAGUGGGCCUCACAAAACAGAGGAUGCAGUGAAGGACACUGGCCUAUCCAGAUACCCACCCCUGCUGGAUCAUGGGUAACCAGACUGGCAGAGACAACCAUGGCACUACAGGUUCUCCUUUAGAUUUCUUCCACACAGCUCCAACCACGCCCUCAGAGGCAGAGCUGACUGCCAUGGCCUUAUCCUCUGCAGCUUCCUCCAGUAAGGCACAGACGCCAUCACCAGCCGGCAGCACCACUCCCUCCACAAUCUCUCCAUUCACAGACUGGACACAGAAACUGCCUGCUCCCACAGAAUGGGCUGUGAUAAGCAUAGACAGCAUCACCUCAGAGACAAAUGUGAGCGAUGUAGCAGUGAGGCAUGGGAAGGCAGCGGGCAGCCCGACGUCCCUGCCUCCAUCCAGAGGAUCACCUUCAGAGCAGAGCUGGCUGGAGCGGGAUAGUGGACUGGAGCCGCAGGCUGCAGCAGAGAGAGCCGGAGAGGAGAUGACCCUGGUUUUACUUAGUCUGAUAGAGCACUACAGGGCCUCGCUAGGCCUGACCCCCAACACAGAUGUUACCACAGGAGCAGUAGAGCUGCUCAGGCACUUGAUAACAGAGAGAGAGGAGCUGGUUGAGGAGGUAGACACACUGAGGGAGACACUCAGGACAGAGAGGUUGGAGUGGCAUCAGUUCCAGUGUGACUUGCAGGUUGCGGUGUCUGUGGCCGACCGGCUGCGGGUCGAGUCGGAGCAGGCUCUGGGUUUGCUCCAGGAGAGCCACAGGGCCGUGGAGGAGCAGCUGGCUCAGGCCCUCAGCAGACAGCAGGAAAAGGACGGAGAGCUGGAGAGUCUGAGGGUUGAGCACAGAGACAUCUGCUGUAAACUGACUGAACUCACCCUGCAGCAGCAGCAGGAGCGAGCCGAGCUGGACACUCUGAGGAACGCAUGCAGGGUGAAAGACACAACCGAUUGGGAUGAACAGGCAGAGAGACAAGACUCUGAGGGGAAGCAGCAGCAGGAGGAAAUACAGGAGGUGUUGGAGGAAAAACCCAGGGAAGUUGAAGCCGACACUGAAGCUAAAAAUGUUGAAAAGCAAGAGGAUGAGAAUGAAACAAAUCAAGAGGUGGAUGUUCAAGUUGCGGGUCAUGAUCCUGAGGAGGCAAAUGGAUCAGGGAGCGUGCUGCUGACAGGGAAAGGGGUGGCAGAGGGAUACAUUCGUAGUUUGGCUGUGCUGGAGAAGAAAGUGAGAGAUCCAAGGAGGAUUGUGAUGCUGUCUGAAAGAUCUUGGAGUCUCUCUCGUCUCCCACUCCCAACUGAUUCCUCCAGCCAAAAUGGGACCUCAAAAAACACUAGCACAACACUGCCGCUAUGCAAGAAAGAAGAGCCACCAAAACGGAGAAGGAUGGACCGCAUUUUACAGCGGCAGGACAGCUGGUCCAGCUUUUACCCAGGAAAGCAGGAUGAGGAACAAAGCUCAGAUUCCAUCAAACCUCAGGAUGGUUUCAGUGCUCUGCUGAGGCGUCAUGGCGGCUCCAGGAGAAACUCCUUGCUGCGCUGGUGCCAGAAUCGUACCCAAGGUUAUAAGUAUGUUUUGUGGCAGAAUAUUGAGAUCACAAACUUCAGCAGCAGCUGGGAGGACGGCUUGGCAUUCUGCGCUGUUUAUCACACGUAUUUACCAACUCACAUCCCGUACGACACCCUCAACCGAGCAGACAAGAAGGAAAAUCUGGACCUUGCUUUUAAGACAGGAGAGGGCGUGGGAAUUACAGCCACACUUGUGAGACAUUUUUCUCAACACAUUUGUAAAGAACAAUUGUGCAACUUAAACAGCUGUGUCCACUGGUCGUAUAAUCUUAUCUUUACAUGUUAACUGUGUGACAGACAGUGGAGGAGAUGCUGAAGGCAGAUGGGCCGGACUGGCAGAGGGUCCUGGGUUAUGUCGAAAGCGUUUUCCGCCACUUUGAGAUGUGACGUUGUUUCCUAUCGUCUUGUUAUUGUGCCUGGUUCGAUCAUUGUGACUGAAGGACUGAGACUGUUCCCCACAAGAAGGAGCUCUACUCAUAAUGAACCCAGAAUAGCCAGGAUUUAAAAUGUGUGGGCAAUAUUAGACCUUGACGGGAUUUUAUGUAUCAAUACAAUGUCCUUCACACAGAAAUGACCCAGAUGGGUACUAAACUUUGCAGUAUUUUUAAUUUUCUACAUACAGUUCACACUAUUCAGAUCCAAAUAGCUACCGGGUGAUGAUGCACAAGACACCAAAAGAUUUGUCACUUUCUUUUUUUUUCUUUUUAAGUACAGGAAUAUGAACACCUGCUCAUCAAUUACUUUUAAUUUUGUUACUGGGUGCUGGGUGCACUGGUUUUGCACUGUUUUCCUUUUCAAAAAAUGAGCACUUUGAUUGUCAAUUUGUGUUAUUGUUAUAUUUUUGUGUUUAAGUGGAUGAUUUCAGAAUCUGGGGCAUUUUUAAGUUUUAUUUAUCUUGACUAAGAGUUAUUUUUAUCAUCAACCUCUGUUAUACAAUGUCAUCAUGUCUGCAUGCACCCAAACCUAAAACCACAAAACAAAGAAAGGGGCAGACAUGAAUGCAGAUGUUAUGUUAGAAAAGUGAUGUUUUAACCUAAAAUGCUACAGUUACCCGUCUAAGGGAAGUUGCCUUUUGAAGAAAAGUAUAUAUGAAAAUGUGUGUAAAGCGCUUCAGUAUUUCUAACAUGGUAAACAUAUGACGAUGUUGUUGCCAAAGCACUAUUGCAAUAAUAAAGUUAUGUAUAAGGAA